UAUAAGCAUAUCGUCGUAUAUUCGCAAUCACAGUAUCUUCCACGUUACCGAAUCGUUGUGGUUUACAGUGACUUAGUGCUCUGAUUGUCAUAUAUAGUGAAUGAAUAUCAUCUUCAGUAAACGCUUGUUUGAAAACAGCGAAAAAAAGAAUCAGCAAUGCUGUUUAUAGAAUUAAUUGGGGCUUUGAUUAUUGCUCUGGGUAUUGUAUAUAUUUACUACAAAUAUGUUCUAUUCAAUUUCUGGCGCAAGAAGGGUAUCUUUUAUGUUAAGCCCGUUGUGCCAGCUGGUAAUUUAACAGAUUUCGUAACUGGAAAAUUGUCAGUAGGCGAACUCUUCCAUGAUGUCUACGCAAAAUAUAAGGAUUAUCGCGCUUUUGGAAUGUAUACGUUUUUUAAACCAAACCUGUUAAUUGCUGAUCUUGAUCUUAUUCGAAUGGUGUUAACAAAGGAAUUCGGAAGCUUCCACGAUCGCGGAAUGUUCUGCAAUGAGAAAACUGACCCAUUGUCUGGUCAUUUGUUUUUACUGCCUGGGAAAAAAUGGCGCAAUUUACGUGUAAAAUUAACGCCUACCUUCACCUCGGGCAAAAUAAAACAAAUCUUCAUGAUUUUAAAGGAGUCUGGUCAAGAGUUUACAAGAAGUCUGGAGGACAAGGCUCAAAUGAAAGAUUCUAUCGAGAUAAAAGAAAUGUUUGCAAGGUAUUCCACUGAUAUAAUUAUGUCAACGGCAUUUGGAAUUAAAUCUAACUGUAUAGAACAACCGGAUAACGAAUUUCGAUAUUGGGGACGAAAAAUCUUUGAAGAGAAACCUUUAUGGAAUGCUAUGGUAAUGUUUGCACCUCAAAUAAUGGAUUUCUUUUCCAUUCCCUUCACGGACCGAGGUGUUACCAAAUUUUUUACGAAAAUGUUCCACGAUAAUGUGGAAUAUAGACAGAGCCAUAAUGUUGUUAGGCAUGAUUUUAUGAAUCUACUCAUACAACUUAUGGAGAAGGGCUAUGUUGAACCUGAUGAUGAGAAAGACAUUACCAGUACAUCAUCAAACGUAAAUAAACUGACUAUGUCAGAAGCAGCUGCUCAAGCGUUUGUCUUCUUCGUGGCUGGCUUUGAAACUUCUUCGACGACAGCAACAUAUUGUCUAUAUGAAUUAGCUCUACAUCAAGACAUACAGAAUAAAGUUCGGAAAGAAAUUGAUGAAAUAUUAAAAAAACAUGGCGAAUUAACUUAUAAUGCUGUGAACGAAAUGACAUAUCUUCAUAAAGUAAUAAACGAAACUAUGAGAAAGUAUCCACCUGUACCUGUCUUGAAUCGUGUCUGUACCAAAGAACUAGACCUCCCAACAACAAAUAUUCAUAUACCAGAAGGGACUUUAAUAACCAUACCAGUUCUUGGAGUGCACCGAGAUCCGUCAAUAUAUCCAGAUCCGGAUAAAUUUGAUCCUGAACGAUUCAACGCUGAUCAAGUAGCAACCAGACAUCCUUACGCUUAUUUGCCAUUUGGAGAAGGACCACGAAUUUGCAUUGGUAUGAGAUUUGGCUACAUACAAACAAAGGUUGGACUCGUGAAUCUUCUAUCAAAAUUCAAGUUCAAACUCCAUCCCCGAACUCCAGUGCCACUCAUUUUCGACGAAGCACCUCUUGUACUUACGGCUAAGGGUGGCGUUCAUCUUAUUAUUGAGCACCGAUAAAAUAUAGUCACAUUUUUAUUUGAACUAAAUAAAUCAUCAAAAUAUUAUCAUAUAUAUAAAUUUAUAAAAAUAUAAGUUAUAUCACCGUAUCGCUCGAUUCAAAGCAGAGCAAGAACUUACAAAUUGUAUUUCAUUGUGGAAUGUAUUAACAUUCCAUUACAAUUACUGAAUAAAUUUAAUUCAUGUACCAA